AUGAUGUUCUUACCGCAACGCGAUCGUAGUCAAUCACUAUUCGCAGAUAGUCCGAACGCGCCGCCGAAAAUGCUGCGAACUGAGCCGAUCCCGUGCCUGAGAUGCGGAAAUGUCGGAUCGCCGACCGGAUCAGUUCCGAUGUCACUUCACAAGGUAUCAUCCAUCAAUCGGUCAGCGGGCACGAAUCCCGCAAGUCGCGGCGGUGAAUCAUCGCUUGAAUUGGAAGCUAUUGCGGCUGUCCAUGAGCUUUCGUUCGCCGUGCAAUCGAUCAGCGUCUCGGAAAUGCUGCCACGAACGCCCGAUUUGAUAUUCGUCAAUGUCACCACUCUAGAAGGACAACCCUACUGUCUUGAAUUGACGCUGAAGGGAUGGCGAAUCACCUCAUUGAGAAGCGAUUGCAUGGUCGGCGACUUCACGAGACUUGAGAUGUUCACCAAAUAUUAUGAUAGCUUAUACGCGCUGAUGGAUACCAUCUCGCCGGGAUAUCGUGCGAGAUUCGGAGAGAAACUCGCGCAGAGAUUGAAGCUUCUUCAGUUUGGCGAUGAGGACGACACACAAAUUGCACCAUGCGCUUCCUUUCAGUCGCCAACUCGCUCGAGAAACUCGACGAGCUCGCUGAGCCGGUGCUCAUCGACCGAAUCACUGCCGAUCAUCACUCCGGCCAGCACGCCCGCUGUCACCCACAACACUGAAAACCCGUUCUUCCAGUAA